UGCCAGGAUACUGGGGAUGGUUAAGUUUUUGCUUUUGAACUUGGGCAUAUGCCAAAGGGGUGUUGAAGAUGAUAGAGGCAGUUUGUACUAAUACCAGGUCCAAUCGUCCGUUCGGCUUACCACAACUGAAAAAAAGAAAAAUUGAAACGUCCAGCAUGGCGACAGUGGCAAAAAGCUUUACAAAAACUCUAGAAUCUUUAGAAGAUAAACGACGAAAAAAAUGUGAAGAUACAAAAUCGCUAGUUCUUCCCCAGAAAAAACGUGUUUUACCCCCCACAAGCUCUCCAAAUAGAGUGAAAAAGAGCCCUAAACUGGAAGAAGGUGCAGCAGAAGAAACUUUAAUAAGAGAAACCGAAGCUGCUUUAAAAAAUUUAUCAGGUAGUUGGCCAGGACCUAGAGGCGGUUAUCCCCAACAGGAAGAUACACCAGCUUUCGAAAAUCUUUUCGAUGAGAAAAAAGCUAAUGUGAAAAUGUCUCCUGCUUCAACAUCUAAUAGCAGUAGCGAUAAUGCUUGCUCUUUAAAAGACGUGAUAACAUUGAGAGAACAACACGAACAUGAAGAUACUUCUGACGAAAAAUCUUGCAGUACCAACGGCAAAAGUAGCUCAAAAUCAAGUGAUAGUAAAUCGAAGGGAAGCGGCAAAAUGAAUUAUUCCUCUCCAGAUUUCAACGAACUAGUUGAUGAUUCUUCGAACGAGCUGGAAAUAGAUAUGUCUGAAGCUGCGGCAGAAAAAAACGAAUUUAAUGAAAAAGAUGAUCAAACUAGGAAAAAAGAGCCAUCUAAAUAUCCCUCCACUAGCUCAUCUUUCCAUACCUUUUCUCGUUCCUCGCCAUUUUCUUCAACAUCUGCCUUCAGACCACCUCAGUCAAAGAAUCCUCCGCUCGGUCCAUUUCCCGCCGAAGCUACAUUCGUAGGUUAUCCCGACGGUGCAUCAACCGAAGGAAAAAAGAGCAUUAUCCCGUUGAAACCUACAGAAAGUCAAGCAGAACUACAGAAGAGUCCAGAAGGAGUUAAUAAACAGUACACCAUACUCCAACCUGCUGGAGUUGGAUCAAGAGCGGCUACCACAUUACAAGAAGUUGCCAGAGAAGGAGUUCAUAAUGUAGCAGUAGUUGGUGGAACAAGCAAUAACGAAGUUGGAGGAAAGAUAUCAGCUACUACGGUUGCACCAGGUACAUUGUCACCCAACAGUAUCGGUAGAGAGGGAAGCAAAUGCCCCACCCCGGGUUGUACAGGUCAAGGACACGUCACGGGAUUGUAUUCACAUCACAGGAGUCUUUCUGGAUGUCCAAGGAAGGACAAAGUUACACCAGAAAUCCUGGCUAUGCACGAGACCAUUCUCAAAUGUCCAACACCUGGAUGCAACGGUAGAGGUCACGUUAGUUCGAAUAGAAAUACUCAUAGAAGUCUAUCGGGUUGUCCAACAGCUGCGGCUAAUAAGCAAGCUGCUAGGGAGCAAAAGUACCAAACGAAUAUGCAGAAAAUUAAAAGUCCAAUUGCCUCACCACAAUUUAGCGGUGGCUGUCAAACUGAAUUUCCUCCUAACUUCGAAGGGAAAAGGACACCUACUUCGGAAGACGUUAAACCUAACUAUUUAGUGAAUUACGGGAAUCAUCCUCCUUCGACUACUACAGCGGAAGAAAUCAAGACACCAUACGACCAAUAUUACUCCAAACCAAAUCUAGUCAAGCCCGAUCCUAUGAAAAUACCGAAAACAGAAGUUACUACCAGUAGCUGUUGUAGUGUAAGCGGACAAGCAGAACUUCUAGUACCAAAAACUGAAAUUCCAAGCUCUUGUAGAUCACCUCCUUCAGGAAUAAGAUCAGGGUAUGAACCAUAUAUCAAUCAAGAUUCAAAUUCUUCUUCUAUGUCUAGUAUGGAUACUAUGAACAAUAGAAAUCCUCAUCAGAUUCAUCACGGUGCUCCUCACAUGGGUCCUCAUCAUAAUCCUCAACAACCAGGAUAUAAUAUGGAACACCAGAUGCCUCAUAGAUCUCCAUACCAUCAGUCACCUAUAUCAGAAGAAAUUUAUCAUAGGGAACGUUCCUACACUGAAAUGAAUGAACCCGUAGGAAGCAGUGCUAUAGCCAGACCAAUUGUAACUUAUUCCAAUGAACUAACCAAUAGAUCCUAUGAAUCAGGAUUGAUAAACUCUGCCGGUCAUAGACCUUACGAUCCUGGUACCACUAGCUUUGAAAGGUAUGAUUCUAGCCAAUGCGUUUCACUACAACAAUCUUUGGGUCCACCAAGGGUUCCACCACAGGGUAUGUACGAAUAUAUAGACGAACAACAAGAACAAAGGUAUCAACAAGAAGCUGCUGCCGCACAACAGCAUCAAAUAGCCGUCGCUAAUGCUCAAAGUAUGAUGAAAACUGAAGAACCUGAACAAACUGGACCUUUAUAUCCAAGACCAAUGUAUCAGUACGAUGCCUCGAGCGGAGCUCCCCUUCCAGUUGGCUUUUCAGCAAUUAACUUAUCUGUGAAAUGUGUGACAACGGCUCACGCUGCUCAAAUGAAGGGUCCACACACGUCCCCAGGGGGCACCGUUAUCGAUUUGUCGACGUCCAGUGUCACCACUACCAGUCCGCAGGUAGCCUAUAGCUCGCCCCAUUACGGAGGGGCGGGACAAAGGGUUGGAGGAAGUCCUCAAGCUGCGGCCAGCCCUCAUCUUUCUGCAAGUCCACAAGUUCCAAGUCCGCAAGGUCAAACAUUAGAUCUUAGUAUCAGUAGAUUGUCUCAUAGUGGAGUCCGGCCGGUAGGCACUUUUCCUUCCACACCUGGAGGAGGUCCAGUAUUAGUUCCUGGCGCAGGAUACAGUCGAGAAUCCACUCCUGAUAGUGGAGGAAGUCAUUACAUGGAUGCUUACAGGGAUCCAGCAGGUUAUGGUCCAAUGAGUCCACACCCUGGUUACGGGAUGACAACAGUUGCUAGUGACUAUGCGACGAAUCCCUACUCACCUUACCCUCCAAGUGGUUAUUCAUGUGCAGGAGGAUAUCCAGGCCCCGUUACAACUGGUUAUCCCGUACCUCCUGGAGGAUACUCACCAAGCACUUGUUACUCUAUGCCUCCACCCCAACACUCGUUAUCUCAACAUGAUAAAUCUCCGAAUAAAGACAGCGUCGAUUCUGUGGAUCAUUUCAUUAAAGGAAACAAUUCAUCUCCACUUGUACGGGAUGGUAAGGAGCCGAUUCAGUGUCCAACUCUUACCUGUAACGGCAUAGGACACAUUACUGGUCAUUACGCUACACAUAGAAGUCUGUCAGGAUGUCCACGGGUAGAUCGAUCUCAAAUACAACCUCAUUCUCAAGAAUUAAAAUGCCCCACACCUGGUUGCGAUGGAUCAGGACACGUAACAGGCAAUUAUAGUUCUCACAGAAGUCUUUCAGGAUGUCCUAGAGCCAAUAAACCAAAAAGCAAACCUAGAGAUGGUCAAGAUUCAGAACCACUAAGAUGCCCUAUACCGGGUUGUGAUGGAUCUGGGCAUGCGACUGGAAAGUUUUUGUCGCACAGAAGCGCGUCUGGUUGUCCCAUAGCCAACAGAAAUAAAAUGAGAGUAUUAGAAAGUGGCGGUUCCGUCGAACAACACAAAGCGGCAGUAGCAGCUGCAACAGCAAUGAAAUUUGAAGGUGUUAAUUGUCCAACACCAGGAUGUGACGGAACGGGACAUAUAAAUGGAUCUUUUUUAACACAUAGGUCGCUUAGUGGUUGUCCAGUAGCAGGGCAGACCGUUAAAAAAUCUAAAUAUCCAGAAGAUAUGCCAUUUUAUUCUAAAGGAUAUACAGGUAUAGAACAGGGAACUAAUGGAGGCGAAGAUCUUAUGACCUUAGAGGCGGAGAUCUCCGAAUUACAAAGAGAAAAUGCAAGGGUCGAGUCUCAGAUGAUAAAAUUAAAAUCGGAUAUAAACGCCAUGGAAAACCAUUUAGGGCAUAGUGAAAAAGAAACUCAAGCACUGGCGCAACGUUCUACAAAUCUGAACGAAUACUACGAGAGUUUGCGCAACAACGUAAUCACACUUUUGGAACACGUCCGUUUACCUGCCGGUGCACCUGGUAGUACGUGUGGUAACGUACCCGAAAAAAUCGGCCAGGAAAAUUUCGAUUCUUACCUGAGUAAAUUGCAAACGUUAUGUACGCCUGAAGGAUAUUGCAGUGACGAAAACAGACCUUUAUAUGAAACGGUGAAAAGCGCUUUACAAGAUUUCACUGUGCUGCCGACCCCGAUUUAAAAAAUGUAAAUCUUCUGAGACUUUAGACUCUUGUGAGUAAAAUAGUUGUUUGGAAUGUCCUUAAUAGUGCUAAACGAGCGGUUUGCACAAAGUUCGAAGCAGACUGAAAUAUAAACCAAAGAAAUAAUAUAUAAAUUAUAUUUUAAUUUAUUCCCAAUAUUUUUAAUUUCAAUAUACAAUUUUUCGUAUAAUAGUAUAUUAAAAGAACUUUUUGCAUACCCACGUAGUCUUUUAGAUAUAUAAAUCUACAGGGAACUGCCUUUUUAGUAUUUUGAGAAAGCUCCAUCUACACGUGAAAUCCUCAAAUAACCAAACUGCUAUUAUGUAUUUUGGCGAUCUCUGCGUUUUGACAUGGAUUUGUAAUAAUAAAAACUCUACUACCAUUGUUAGUCAAAAAUUAGAUAUUAUAAUGAUAUAUGAAAAAAAAUUACCCCUUCUACAAUAAUGUAAUAAUAAAAUCAAACUGUAUUGAACACACUGUGUAUUAUCACUAAAGCAACACAUGGAAUUACUUUGUUUGACGUGUGUUUCGAUAAUCAAUUUAUCAUCUUCAGAGACUUAAUUUGAUUAACAGAAAUACCCUUAGUGUAAUUGUGAGUAUUGGUGUAGUGGUAGUAUAAACAGUGUGUUCAUCAGUGGUUCCAAAUAUUCCAUCUUGAAUUGAUACUUUCCAAAAACUAAUUGACCAAGGUUUUGUCGAAAUACACUAAUUUACUAUUCAAAUUUUUUGUGGAUAUUUUAAAAGUUGCAAAAUUUGUAUUUUUUUUUAUUAAAAAAGAAUUCAAGUAAUACAUUUUUUAAACUAAUUAAUCAUAUGCUUUUUUGAUAUGUAACAAAAAUUGAACGGAAGUAAAUUUUAGUUCAUAGUUAGAUCUUAAUAAAAUCAAAAACUUCUUAUUGUAGCUAUGAUAUUUACGAUGAAUUUCUCAAUAUUUUGCUUAAUACCCCUACAUCUAUAGUUAAAUUUCACUGUCAGACAGUUUAAUUCUGAGGGUUGGUGUACUGCCCUCCUUAUUGAAAACUUCCCAACUAACAAAAUGUUGAAACUGAGAUAAUUGAGAUUUUGUGAAAUUUAUUGUCAUUAAUGAUUACAACUUUUUUUUAUGAAAUUUUUGCUAUUAGACUUGACUAAAGAGUACUUAUUAUUGUCAGUUACGGUUUCUUCACUAAGCUGAGAUAAAUUUGGAAUAAAGCACCGUAAUAACAUUUUAACUUGGUAACAUAUGACGAUUGUUUCUUUCUAUAGGAGAUUCUUCAAACCGCUUCCGUUUUCUCAUAAUUCCUGUCUUUGUAUACAAUUGUUGAUAUGCUUUAUUUAUAUUGUAACCUAAUUUGUUUAAAACAUCUGACAAAAUCAACUCACAAAGUAAAUAAUUUUUGGAGACUCUCAUUUUAUCAGCAGCUGCAUUUUGUUUAUCCAUGUCUGAAGUCUUAAAGAUUUGUCCCCUGACACUUCACACUUUUUUGACCUUUUCGAACUUUUUAAAAAAACUACAAAUUGAAAUCGGAAUAGUACAGAAUUUUGUGUACACAUGUAUACAUCUGAUUUUUCAUAAAUUCCCAUUGUUAAGAAAAAACGAAAAUUAAUAUUGACAUAAUCAAAAUAUUUCAAUAAACUAAAUCUAUUUUGAAAUUGAAUGGAAUAAAGAUUAAAUGAUGUUCUUACAUUUUUCACAUAUACAUUAAAAUUUUUGUAUAUUCCACUGUAACUAUUUUUACAUUGACAUUUUACAUUAAUUGCAACUAAAAUUUUCACAAAAAUCAAAAGAAAUACUUUUAUUCUAUUACUAAAAAAAUUUCUUUUUGGUACAAUAGUAAAAGGUAAUAUCUUAAAAAGGGGUGUAAAUUGAAAAUUAUUACUAAUAUAUUCAUGUCAAAACUCAUAAUGAUUUCGAUGUUUAUCAAUAAUAUCCUCACAUGUACGUAAAUUUAUAUUGUGAUUUAUGUAAAUAGCUGAAUAUACAGUGCGACAAAAUAAAUUGUAGAUAUCUGCUAUACCCGUGUCGCUAUUAAAAAAAAAUAAUUUGUAUAAUAUAAAAAAAAUAAUUGUACAUAGAUCGAUAUAUUUCUGUUUGUAACUAUAUGUAAAAAGUUUAUCGCAAUCAUUUUAGUUAAUAUAUGUUUGAGGGAUGGAAAUCUGACAAAAUUAUAAAUAAUUUUAUAAAGAAAUAUGCUAUUGUUAUAUAAAUCGUUAUUAUAACUAAAUAAUAACUUGAUGUAAUCACCUUCAAACAUCAAGAAUGGUGUUAAAAUGAUUUGUUUUUAGCACUAUUUGAGAGGCCACAUGGUGUUAAACCUGGGAUAUAUACAAACUAUUGCUUGCUAAUUAAAAGCUCUUCAUCUCAUGAUGACGAAGAAAGCUGUUGGCUCAUUUUUUGGCCAAUACCUUUUCACUUUUUAUUAUAUUCGAUGGCUGCUGCCCUGAUUUACUAAAAUCUUUGUAGUAGCAGACUUACAAACCGUCAUUGGUUACUGCUUGCAUUAAGACAAGAAUGUAUGAGAUAGAAAUAUAAUACGCACAUCUAUUCACUCCUUGUAUCAUUGGACAACUGUAGAAAGUUACAAAAAAAAAACUUAUUUUUGAUUGAUUUAUUUUCUAGUGCAUAUUUUCAGAAAUUAUUUUGAAGAUUUUUCAUAAAAAACAAAUAAAUUUUUGAGAAAAAAUUACAUUAUCGAAAAGAUAACAUAGUGGAUAUUUCUUUAAAGGUAUUAUAUUAUUAAAGUUGUCAUUUUUCCAUCUACCGCACUUUGUUUUAGACCAAUUCAUCGUUUGUAUUUAUUUCUCGUUAUGUUAUUUAUUAUUAAACUUGUAUAAAAGUUGAUUAGGAUUUUAUCUUCUUUAGAGAUCUAUUUUACUAAAAGAUCGGCGUUCGAAGAGAUUCAAGCAAAUUUACAAAUCGUGUACAACUUUUAAGUAAUCAUUAUACUUUUUUUAGACUCUGUGAUUAUGUAUACCUAGUCUUUAUAAUAGGUAGAAGAAAAAUGAUAGUGUUAUUUAUAAGCUCGUUUUUCCUAAACCUGAAUUUUCAAGUGUGCGGCCACAUCUUUGAUUGUAGGUCGUUUUUUAAUAAAAGCAUCAUUUACUAUCAAAAAAAAUUCAACUGUAGAUUCAAGAUAAUUAUUUGAAUUACAUUACUCUUUGGUAUUGAUACUAUCUCAAAGAAGAAGUCAGUAAUUAAAUAGAAAUUUUUUUAAUUUAUACAUGCAGUUGCAAGCUUUUUAAAACGAUUCCAGAAUAUUUAGAACACCCCAGAAUAUUCGAUAACUGCGUGGCAAAUGCUAAGAAAAAAGAAUACAAUACAUACAUCAAUAUAAAACUAAGGAAAAUUUGAUCAAAUGUAAACAAAAUGUUCAAGGGGAGAUUCAUAUAAAAUUAAACAAAUAUUUGAAUUAGAAAAGCUACCAAUUAACCAGUAAACAACGUAAAUUUAAUUAGUAGUUUGAUAUUAGUACAACUUUACCGAUAGACUUUUUCAGUUCAUUAUGAAUUAAUUUGUCUUUGUAACAUUCAGAGCUACUGACUGAAGUAAACACGACCUGAUUUGGAAUUUUGACGCCCGCAGGUCCAAUAAUUUUUUUGCUCCUAGUUAAUUUUCUAAAAAAAUUUUAUUAAAAAAUUAUAUCUGGCUCAUAUGUUGAUUGCUUCACGACAAAAUGCAGUCUUGUAACUCUUAUAAAUUUUAUGUAUUAAAUAUAAUUAAAAUAAAUAUAAAAUAACCCGUAGAGUAUUUGCAGUGCCCCCCAGAGAACUAGCGCCCAAAGGACAGGGCCUAUUGGGAAAGCUCUGCACUGAUAAACUUGACUGUCCUAACUAAGAAAACAUAUAAAGAUGAUAUUCAACAUAUAAAAUGCGAAAAUUAAUGAUUGAUGAUUAAAAAGACAGUACGUUAAAUCACACAUUGUUCAGUGUAAUUGUAAGCCUUUGUAAAGAGGUAAUGAAUAGUGGAAGUAUCACAAAGAUUUCCAGAAAUUCCAACUUAAUAUAUGAAGUACUAUUUAAAAGAUGUUUCAAAUUUCCUUGUAGAUGAGGAUAAGUCUAUAACUUACAGUAUGAAGAAUUGUAAUAUCUCAAAAUUCUUUUUCUUAUUCAUUUUUAAGAUCUCAUGACCUGUUAGUUUUGCAGGUUUCUCUGUAUCAGUUCCUGGGAGGUGGACUGCCAGCUGUCCAUCCAUCUCUUAGGUGGUCGUCAAAAUUCUCAUUUCAAUAGUAUAAGGAUUUUUAUCUGAAAAAUUUUGUCCUACCAAUCUGUAAAACGUUUUUGCCCCUCUGGUAUGCCAAACAUGAAGUCACGUCAUCAAAAAAAUUGAUAACCUCAGUGCUAUUUUUUACAGAUUACCCAUUUUAAACAUUAAAUAAAGUAGUGUCUUCAAUCCACAAUAUUUAUGGGUUAGUUUGGUUGUUUGACGCCCUAAAACGAGAUGGAAAUCGCAAAAAUUAGCUUAAUUUUUUUAAUGAGGUGUGUGAUAGACCAAAACCCACAACAUAUUUGUAGUGCGAAAUUUAUUUCUAGUAAAAAUUUGGAAUAAGGUAAAUAAUAAAUAAUUUUUUCUUGAAAUCAAAUUGUUAACUUUAAAAGGAUGCUGAAAAAUCCCCUCACUGUCCAGAUGUAUAAAAAAUUUGUUUGAUACUAUAGAAAAAAUUUAUUGCUCCAAAAUUUUCAUUUUAAUAAUAGAUAUAUAGAAUAAAAUUCAAAAUAAAUGUCAUACAUCAUAUAUGAUGGUAUGUCACCCUAACCAGGAAGUCUUAUGAUAAAAUAAUUUAUUACUUCAUGCUAAGUUUUCAUAAAAACGCUAUUUUAAACAUUAAAUAAUAUGACAAACUCCAUGAAAGAGAUGGCUCGAUGGCACAUAGUUCAUCCAAAGUGAACUCAAAAUUUUAUGAUAUAAAGUGUUCACUUUGUUUAACAUGUUUAAAGUCUCUGUAUUUUACAAAAAUUAUGAGUUGUUUAAAAAAUUGGACAAGCCAUUACACUGCAAUUUAUUUAUUAUAUGAAAUUUAUUAGUUUUGUAGAUAUGUGAAAAUAUUCUACUCUACAAUAUUGACUUUGAAAAGAUGGUAAAAAAAUAUUCUUUCGUUUUAGAAGUUUGUUAGUCUCGGCAAAAACAUAAACAAUUAUUUUUUAGAAGUCAGUACCUAGACUAAUACAAACAAUCGCUGAAAAUGUAUAAAAAGUUUAGUAAAUUUCCUUAGGGUUCAGAAAAACAUGAUUUUCACUCAAAUGUGAGUUUAUUGUUUUGGGAAUCAAACAAAUGAUUUAUUAUUUAGUUUUUUGUCAGCGCAAUUUUCACAAAAAUGGAACAUGUUCUUAAAUCAAUCACUAAAUAUCUGAUUAAAUUGUUUUCAAAGUAUGUUUUUGCAUUGAAUGAUGUUUUUAUUGUUCCAUGCCAAAAAUCCUUGUACUUGUAAAAAUAAAAAAAUAUUGAAAGCACACGUUUAUAAAAUAUCCUGUUUUGUUAUUGUUUCUACAGGUUAUUUUCUGUUUCCUAUAUAUAGUUACCAGUAAUCUUUAUUUUUCCCUGAAAAAGGUGUUUUCGCUGUGCUGUUUAUUCUCAUUCCCAACAAAUUGUUGUGUAAUGUGUAAAUAUACCUAUGAAUUAUAUAUUCGAAUUCUCAUUAUAUUCAAUUAUUUGUUCACACCAAAUAUAUAUGUUAAUAUACAUGUGUUGUUAUUAAAUAAAGUAUCUGAAAGGUAA